AUGCUGAAGGAGGUUUUCAGUGGUGUUAAUAAGAUGCGCACAAACUGGAGUGAAAUUCUCGGUCCAAAGUAUACUGGACAAGUACAGGCAUUCCUUGAACAGACACUUCUCACAUUUUUGCUCACUUUCAUCGACAAGUGUAUGGGUACGGUAGCCGUGCCAACGAAUACAACAAUGUUCCAUCGUUGUUUCACAGCAACGCAAGAAUUUGUUGAGAAUUGGCCUCCCCACCCGCAUUCAAGGUAUUCGUUCAUAUUACCGGUUAUU